AUGACUCUAUCCGUUCCAUCGGAGCUUUACAACUCCCUCCUCCAGUCAAUUGCUACCGAACUGCUCACCGAAGCAGGCCAUUCGACCCACCACCUCCACGACGCCUCGGUCUCCGAUAUCCGAGCGAUUGUGCACCAUUUGCUGGUCGUCCGUGCGCCCUCGAAAUGCAGCAGCGGUCUUGAUGAACGCGACCAGAAGCUCUUCAGUCUCAUAGACACUUUGCUCGACCUUGAGCUCAAGAGCCGCAAGAGCAUCGUGCGUGCACAGGAGCUGCCGUCCGUGCUCCUUCCGUCGUCAGUAGGAGACGCACGCGGCUUUGAGCAGAUCGCGUUGUGGAAAGGAGACAUCACGACACUCGAGGCAACCGCAAUUGUCAAUGCUGCCAAUUCGGCACUGCUCGGCUGCUUCCAGCCGUCGCACAAGUGCAUCGACAAUGUGAUCCACAGCAUGGCUGGUCCACGCCUGCGUGCAGCAUGUCACGCGAUCGUGUCCAGCCAGGCUCACGAAGAACUGGUCGGACACGCACAGAUCACGUCAGGCUUUGCGCUGCCGGCUUCGUACGUACUGCACACUGUGGGCCCGCAGUUGCGUCGAGGCUCGAAGCCGACGGCUGCAGAGCGCGACCAGUUGCAGUCGUGCUACACGUCGUCACUGGACUUGUUACUGAAGACAGUAGGAGAUGGACAAACCGACGAGCCUGUGACUGUGGCGUUCCCGUGCAUUUCGACGGGUUUGUUCGCCUUCCCGGGCGACAUUGCAGUGCAGCUGGCGGUGGACAGUGUGCUGGAGUGGCUGGCAACGCACCAAGACGAGACCCGUGGGUGGAAGGUGAUCUUUAACACGUUCUUGAAAAGCGACUACGAUCUGUACAAGAACUACAUCGAGCACAAGUGCUCGGGCAGUGUGUCGUUGCCACUGGUACCGGAUUCUCCAGUCUUGCACCGUGCUCUUGAAGCUAUUCGAGAUGCCGACUACUUGUUGGUAUCUGCUGGUGCUGGCCUGUCGGCUGCUGCUGGUCUUGAUUUUGGGUCCGAAGACGUCAUGAAGAUGCUGCAUCCCAACGUGCACCAAGCCAUCCCCAGUUUCCGGACAUUGGCCAACAUGAUCUGCUUUCGCCGUUGGGACGACGCGCUCAAGUGGGGCUUUUUCUUCAAGAACGCAAGUGUCAUUCGAUACGACUGGGUGCGCUACCGCUCAGCACCCACGUACGCGUACCUGAAGAGUAUCGCAGACAGGUUCGAGUGUCGGGAGAAAGGAUCGGUUUUCAUCAAGACCAGCAAUGGAGACGGCAUUUUCGAGCAAGAAGGGUUUGAUCCGUCUGCCUUGUUUGUCAUGCAAGGCGACUUUGGCCUCAUUCAGUGUGCUCAGCCGUGUACACACGAGAGUGUAUGGGAUAUCAAGCCCUUUAUGGAGAAAGGAAUGCAGAGCUUCAAUAGGGAGACGUACCGAAUCGAUGAUCCGGCAGGUAUUCCAAAGUGUCCCAAGUGCGGUGGCCGCAUGUCGACUUUCUUGCGAGAAGACAACACUUUCCUGGAAAGCGGCAUCAAAGAUGGUCGCGAUCGAUACGAGAAAUGGCUGACUCGGGUGAUGGAUCAAGUGCAGAACAAGAGCAGGAAGAUGGUUAUUCUGGAGGUUGGGGCGGGGUUCAACACUCCAACUGUGCUUCGCCUUCCUGAUGAACGGCUUGCAUUCCACGAUGGAGUCCAGCUCGUGCGUGUGAACCCCGAGUAUCCAGAAAUGCCUUUUCGGUGCCAUGGUGUCGGGGUCACGGACGACGCGACGAGCGCGCUGGACUAUAUCUCACAUCACUUACAAUUCGAGUAG